AUGGAUCGGCAGGUGUGCACCAAUACAACUUCGACACUUACUUUGGGAUGGAGGGAGAACCUCAUCCACACUGACUUGAAGCCUGAAAAUAUACUUUUUAUUUCCCCAGAAUAUGUAAAAGUGCCUGACUACAAGGUCAUGUUCCGGUCACCAAAAGAGGGAACCUCUUAUAAGAGGCUGCCAAAGUCAAGUGCAAUUAAGGUUAUCGAUUUUGGUAGUACGGCCUAUGAGCACCAAGAUCACAACUAUAUUGUCUCUACUCGCCAUUAUAGGGCACCCGAGGUUAUUCUUGGUCUUGGUUGGAAUUUUCCUUGUGACAUAUGGAGUAUUGGUUGCAUUUUGGUUGAGUUGUGUUCGGGAGAAGCUUUAUUUCAGACGCAUGAAAAUUUAGAGCAUCUAGCCAUGAUGGAGAGGGUUUUAGGCCCAAUACCUCAGCACAUGUUGAAACGAGUAGACCGUGCCGCAGAGAAGUAUGUCAGAAGGGGUAGACUGAACUGGCCUGAAGGAGCAGUCUCUCGAGAAAGCAUCAAAGCUGUCUUGAAACUACCCCGUCUUCCUAAUCUGGUGAUGCAGCAUGUGGAUCACUCAGCCGGAGAACUUCUUGAUCUCUUGCAGGGUCUACUUCGGUUUGACCCCAUCAGCAGGAUGAAGGCUCAUGAAGCACUCAGGCAUCCCUUUUUUACCGGGGAGCAUUACCCGAGGUAUUGAAUAUAGGGUUCAUCACGUCAUCGGCAAUAGAUAAUUGGUUGUUGUGUUGUGUUUGGCUAUAGAUAACCGAAACAUCUGUAACUGUAAGUGUUCUUUGCUUGUUGGUUCUUUUUUCUUGAUAUAUCACCGAGUGUGGGGGGUUAAUUACCCCUUUAUAUUUGCCUACUUUUGUAGAUAAAUUUAUUGUGGAGGAUAUUUCUCCAUCUCCAUUUUUGUACCAUUAAAAUGUAAUUAUAAGCAUUUUAUUUUCGA